AUGCCAUCAACAGAUUCCUCAAAAGCUGCCAGGCGGCAUUCCUGGUACGGGUUGUUCUCUUUGAAACGCACAGCCUCCCAUCUUGUGGGCUCCGUUGAGCAUAAUAGUGACCAACACCACUCGCAUCAUCAUUCACACCACAGCCACAAGUUGCACAGCCACGGUAGAGGCAAAGACGAUAGAUUCUACGUUCUUCAUACUGACUCGCAUAGGGACCUCAAGAUGGUGAUUCCGGCCGAGCGGAAUGUACACACAAGCAAUUCGCCCUCUGCAUCGCAUGGUCUCCGGGUAAUACACAACGAAAAAGCGAAUACAAGCGAUCCGUUAUCAGCAAGAGAGUUUGCAAGAAGGAAAUUGGAGAGCCAGGAGAUCCAGAACAUGAAGGCGGUGCGGCUCAUCAACUCCAGAGGUAGUGGAAGCCCUGAAAGUGCGCGGUACCGGUCGUUUAGUGUGGCUGAUUCUACUAUUAAUGGUAUUUCCGAGCGUCCAAGGUAUUCACAUUUUCACAAUGAAAGUAUUCAAAGUGACAUUUCGAUGCGCACUUUGGAUCCUAUGAAGGCUCAUGCUGGUAUGCCAGACGAGAUACCGGCCGAGGCUGGGUGCAAAAUGCUCGAGAGAAGAGGAACAAGAAGCCGGAAUCUCGAAUCUCGAAGAAAGCCACCCCCAGGGUCAAAUAGUGUCGUUUCCGGUAAAUCUGGGCGAAAUGUGGCGAAUGCCAGGCUUGAAAGUGGGAGGCACGAAAUUGUUGAAAGUGGAAAUGAAGGAAAUGGGAUCGAACAUGACGUUAAGAGUGGGCAAACGGUAGAAAAGGAGAAAGCGGAAAUUAUAAAUGAUGAGAAUUCAAAGGCAACCCAUGUUGCCGAAGGUGAGAAGACUGCUUUGCUGGAUGAAACAGAUGAGAAAGAACGUGGUAGUGGCUUAGUUGUGCCUGAAAUGAAACUGUUGUCUAAAGAAGGUUCUCUAGAAGGGUUACAGGAAAAGAACGAUUCACAGGAAGGGAGUGAGGGUAAUCCGGGGGAAGUUAUAGGCAAAAAUGAGGCUGUACAUGAAGUGAAGCAGUCGGAUGGUACCUCAAAAGAGUAUGGAUCUGGCUUAAACGAUAAAGCAGAUUUCAGCGAGACUCAAAAAGAUAAUGAGUCGAGAAACGGGGACCUGAAUAACAAGGAUAUUCUUACCGAGCCAACCAAGGAUGAUACUCAAAGCAUGACAUCCAGUAGUAUUACUGACUUCCUAGGCAGUGUGGAUGGAAUGUCUUCUUUGGACAGAAACCUCACAGACGAUUUUGAGGAGGCGUUUGGUAAAGAUAUUGCAGAUGACAGUGUUGAGAAAAGUGGUAGCCAUCAAAAUAUGGGCAGUUAUGGUGAAAUAGGAGACCGUGGGAGUCGUGAGAAAAGUGGUGAUUACGAGAAAAUAGAAAGCUAUGAGCAACCUGAUAACAACUAUAAGCCCGAUAACAACUUCGAGCAGAGCAAGCUGGAAUCUCAGAAUGUCAAAAAGCCAGAGCUGAAUUUCGAAUCUGCCAGUUUGGACUUGAGUGAUGGCAGGGAAAGUGCAGAAACAAGAACUGCAAGCACAGAAAAAACACCUGUUCCUGGAGAUAAUGGGGCCCAAAUGGAAACGCCGAUCGUCUCAAGACUUGCGACUGAAUACGUGUAUUCAGAAAGUGAGAGCGAGGAGGGGUCGCCAGUCGAAAAUGGAGACACAUCUCUCAAAAGAUUGAGCAUGAGCCACCGGAUGAUUGCAGAUUUGCAGAAUGAACUCCCUGAAGAGGUUCUGGGAUCAUCUGUUGGGACUAGAGCAUCUGAUUUGGGAGUUGGGGAUUCGCAAGUGUCGAAAAUAAUCAGUAGUAGUCCUAUUUCGGUCGAGGGGAAGCAGCAGAAGAUUCCAGAGGCCGAAUCUGAAGCUGAAGAAGAACAAGCCGCAGAAAUAACCCCUGGGUCACGUGCAAUCUCGCCAAUCACGUCGGAUGUGACAGAUGAGGAUCAGUUCACGGAUGCAGAGGAGGCACUGAUGAAAACUCCGUUGGAAAAAGGCCAGGCUAUCUUUUCAAGGCCUAGCAUGUCCAUAGUUAGCGGUAGGAGAGUCAAAUUGAAUGAUGAGGACUCUUUUCACUCCGUUUCUUCGUCAGCUGACAACACACAGCAGACAAUAAUGAAGCCAGAAAGUGAGAGAACGAGUCCUGUGGCGUGGAAAAAGCUCCAGGUGGACGUUCCGAGAAAUAUUGUCGAAGACUCGCAGGUGAAGUUGGUUUCUGUGGGUCUGGGGGUGGACUCGAAGUCAUCGGUCCCGGCGGCAGAACACCCAUACACCGGAUCGCGCUCCGGCACACCGGGAACGAACUCUUCCGCAUCGGUAAUAUCGUCGGCACGCAAUUUGAUACUUCCGACACCGAUAGAGGAGCGUUCUCGGACGUUUCAGGUUGCGAAUCCUGGAGAUGCAAACGAUGAGCAACUUAUUCUGUCUCCUCCUCGGUCAGUAAUUGCGUAUUCUUCUGGAUUUGGCGGGUCAUACAGUGAAGGUGAGAAUGCAGGUAAUGGGAUUGCCAAUGGGAAGAAAAUUGGCGAUGAGGGGAGUGAGGAUGAGAGAGGGAAUGAUGGAAAAAGCAGCGUUGAGAGCAGCAGUCAUGAAAACACCAAUGUUAGGGAUAACACCAAUGUUGGUGAUAACAUCAGCGUUAAUCAAAGAAACAACGCUGAUACCAGCAACGAUAACGGGUCGGACUCAGAUGAUGAGCUCUCGUUUGUGGCGAAGUCACCCUACCAUCACCACCCUCUGAAUGUCCAGCAUGCAGAUCAGCCGAGAAAAAUGGUGAUUGUGAAUCCGUCGGAAGGAAGCACGGCCUCCAGCGGUAGCCAAGAUGAGCCUGCAGACAUUGUUCCUUCAAGUGGCAUUCCGUUGCCCACUGAGGCCUCAUCCAGGGGCUCUUUUUCUAGUGGUGAGACGAGUGUGAGCAGCAAAGAUGGGGCAAAAACCAGCAGUGAGAGAACAAGCACGUGCGAUGCAGAUGCUGCCACAAGCAGCGUUCGUACUUCUCACCCUCAAGCAGCCUCUGCAGAGCAUAAUGUGGAUUAUUCUGGUGGUUCGGGUGACAUCAGCAGCAUUCCAAAGACGUAUGAUAGGCGGGAGCAGCCGGUAGUUGAGCCUUUGGCACACUCAGCAGCCUCAUCUAGCAGGAAAAGGCCUCCGUUAGACAUCCCAAACGAGGGAAGAGGCAGAAGAUCGAUUUCCAUAUCGACUGCGAACCCGGGGCUUUUCGAUAAUGCACACACCAAGGAGCGUAUAAUGUAUGCAAACGGCUCUGGAACCACCGCAAACGCACAGCAGGCUGCACAGCCUGCUCCCCAGAGAAAGCAGCAGUUGGCUUUUGGCAAAAAAAUCGAGAGUGACAAGCAGCCACCGGAGGGAAAAGGCCAAAAGUCGCUCUAUGUGGAAAGACUGCGUGGGAUUGGCCUAGUGAGCUACACGAGGCAGCAACCAUCGUACAAGGUGCUUCCUGUGGCGAUCCGGCCAAUCAGAUCGAGGCACCGGAGAACACCUUCACACCAGGCCACCAUUGCAUCAAUCCAAAGUUCCUUGAAGCAUGGAACCUUGAGGCCGAAGACCCGGAUGUUGGCUUCGGAAAUAGACGAAAGCGAGCUUCCGGACUCGAAGCUCAGCCAUGAUUUGUCCAAGACCAAAGUGCCAACCGACCCCGACGCCGAAAUUAUUGAAGUUACAAACCAGUUGAGGCGUUUGACCGCAGACCCGGCCCAGUUGAGUCGCAGAGAGUCAAGUCUUGAUCGUUUUUCGAGUGUUCGGUCUGCCAGGGGGCUCUCUAUGAAUGGAAGAGCACUCAAGUUGUUUGUGGCGAACCCGGACGAGAACGAUGAGAAUUAG